AUGACGCAAGCCACAACGUCGAUUUCCACAAAGUCCCUUGUCGUCGGGGGCACCCUCCAGAAGCGAGGCGUGCACAAGAAAGAUGGCGUGACAUCCCGAGUGAGACUGGCGCCCGCUGCGAUAUGCGUUGGUUUGGUGUCGCUAGCUCAUUUCUCGCUGCUUCUUACGGCGGGCGCCCCGGCUUCAGCGUCAGAGACUAAAGAAUGCGUGACAAACGGUACCAAGGUAACGUGCUCGUGCGACUUGACGUCCGCCAGCGAAAAAGAAGCGAUGUCUGCCGUACUCUCGCAAGACAAAAACACGCUUAGGUUCGAAUGCAAGUCUAAUUCGGAUUCCGUGCCUGGUGGAGCAGAGACCGCUGUGGUCUGCCCUGAAGGCACCUCAGACUUGACCAAAUGUGACAUUCAGCUCAGCUCCCUCCUCGCCGGCGACUCCAAGAGCGUCAAAUGGGUACCUUGCCCAUCGAAAGAGGAGCACUGUAAACAGUGCGCCAGCCUAACGAUCCCACAAAACAAUUUCCCCUAUGUCGAUAAAAAAUUCGCCGUGGGUUGCAAGGAGCAAAACGGCAACAAGUUGCGCAUAGUGGGCGUGACACUGCAAGCAAGGCCGUCCGCGACAAACGCCCAGACCGUCACCUGUGCCUACGGUGCCAGUAGCAAUGGCUCGCAUCAAACCGUCAAGCUGAGUCCGACACAGAGCAGCUUCACUCUGGUGUGUGGAGAGAAGGGAGAAGUGCUGCCAGCACAGUACAACAAGCACUACUGCUCAUCAGACUCUCAAGAGGCUGAGAAGACGUGCAGCGAGGACUACACGUCAAUUCUUCCGGGCUACGAUGGCAGCUGGUGGGAGGCAACUGAGGCGUCCAACACAUACACACUUUCGAUUCCAGCAGACAAGUUCCCGAAGGAGGAGACAAAGAUUGUUGUUGGCUGUCAGCAGCAGCAGCCGGUCGCACCCCCGCCAUCCGGCAAGAAGGAAGGGAAGAAGGAGCCGAGUCCAACUGUGUGUAGCGUUGACGUGACGAUCGCCGCGGGUUCUGUCUCUUCUCUGGACCAGCGGGUGGCUCUUUUUUCCGUGUGGUUUCUGGGUGUUGGUGUUGUUCUCGCCCACGUCCUCUGA